UCCGUGACGCUCCGUCUUCAAUGGCGCCUACUGUGUCGUAUCGGUGCGGUGACUUCAGUACGGCGUAAUUUGGCAAAACAAAUAAGCCCCCCACUUUUUGGUAAUGAUAUAGAUGCUUUGAGUGACGGCGCAGUGACUACUGACGAUUGUGUGGAAAGAGCCGAUGUGUUCGCUCUCUUACUACGGACACUAAGUUCUCGGCAGAAUGAGCCGUAGCUCAAACGAUUCCGAAGAGGAUGGCGAGAUUGAUCGCGAAGAAACUCGAUACAACAUGUACCCCAACACAGUCUCACCCGGAAAAGAGUAUCUCGAGCAACCUGAAGAUAGCGAGAGUUACGACACGGAAGACGGUGGCGAGGACACGCUGAACAUUCAGCCGCCGCAGGCCACGAUCAUCCCGCCCAAGCGAGACAGAAGAGACCGAAAGAGAGACAAGCACUCCAGGAAACACGAAUCGUCGUCUCGCAGCCGUGCCAAGGAGCGCCAGCACAGCAGUCGGGACCGGGGAGGCGGUUCCAGCCACCGGGAGGGCAGCAGGCGGAACCAGGAGAGCGUCGUCAGUAGCCGGGGCGGCAACAGCAGGGGAGCUCGCGAGCCCAGAGAGCCCCCUCCGCGAGAGUCCGUGCUCAGGGAACCCAGGGAGUACGAGGCCAGCAGCCGGCACCGCCAACACAGGCAGGAGGAGAAGCCCUCGCGCGGCACGGACUCACGGGCACGGGGAGAUGCGGGCAAGGAGCAGCAGCCGGCGAGGACCGCCGCCUCGGGCAGGGGAGACCAGCCGACGGGGCGCGGCGGAGGAGGCGGCGGCGGAUCGUCGAGGGAGGCCAAGGAGUCCGCGUCGAGCCGGGCGGACGUCAAGGACGCGAGGGAGAAGAUCCGGGAGGCCAAGGAGGCCAGGGAGGCUAGAGAGGCAUGGGAGAGGGAGCAGCAGCGCGAGCGGGAGGAGCGGGAGCAGCGAGCCAAGCCAUUCUACUUGGAUCUGCACGGCUCUGAAUGUCACACAGAGCAGUUUUUACUAAUCAAGGAAGACAAAAGAGGGAUGAAAAGGGAGCGCCUGCAGAGGGAGUGGCGCAAGGAGCGUCUUCUGGUGGUGGACCAGUCCGUGCUGCAACGGGAGCGGGAGCGAGAACAGCGCAAGGAAGAGGCACAGCGCGUGGCCGAGGGAAGCAAGCCCGCGCAAUACUCGGCGAAGUCCGGUAACGGCAUGGCGAGGGACCGGAGUCGCAGCCCCCUUCCCAAGGCGAGCGGUCCAACCGCCCCUUCGGACGACCGAUUUGACAACAUCCCGGUAAUCUCCCUGGACAUCGAAGACGACCCCCUCACCGACAUGGAGGAGGAGAUGGAGAGUCCCACGAAGGCUGCGCAGCACGCUGCGGAAGCCACGCAGGAAGCGCAGCCAAUGGCGACGGAGCCCGUCGGCCAACCGACGGCGCAGCGGCAGGCGGUUAACGACGACGAUGACGACGAUUCCGACCUGUCGUCGGAUUCGAGCAGCGACGACGACAGCAGCGACUCCGACGACAGCAGCAGUAGCGACGACGAUUCGGAUGAUGAUGAUGACGAUGACGACGACGACGAGAAGGAUACUGAAGACGAAAACGUUGAUGGACUAAAUUCAGCGGCCAAGAAUGCGGAGGCCGUCGCGCAACCGGGCAUUGCGGACAUGGUGGGCGCGGCGUCCCCGCUGAGCGAAGACGAGGACGAGUCGCUGCAGCUGCCCCCGUACCUGCCAGCCAUCCAGGGCUGCAGGAGCGUCGAGGAGUUCCACUGCCUCAACCGCAUCGAGGAAGGCACGUACGGCGUCGUCUACAGGGCCAGGGACAAGCAGACCGAUGAAAUUGUGGCUCUGAAGAGACUCAAGAUGGAGAAGGAGAAGGAAGGCUUCCCCAUCACCUCCCUGCGGGAAAUCAACACCCUUCUGAAAGCGCAGCACCCGAACAUUGUCACCGUCCGGGAGAUAGUGGUGGGCAGCAACAUGGACAAGAUCUACAUUGUGAUGGACUACGUGGAGCACGACCUGAAGAGCCUGAUGGAGGUGAUGAAGCAGCCCUUCCUGGUGGGCGAGGUGAAGACGCUGAUGCUACAGCUGCUCAAGGCCGUGGCCCACCUGCACGACAACUGGAUCCUGCACAGGGACCUCAAGACCUCCAACCUCCUGCUCAGCCACAAGGGCAUCCUCAAGGUGGGCGAUUUCGGUCUUGCGAGGGAGUAUGGGUCACCCCUGAAGCACUACACGCCCAUCGUCGUGACCAUGUGGUACCGUGCCCCUGAACUGCUUCUAGGGGUCAAGGAGUACUCGACUCCGAUCGACAUGUGGUCCGUGGGAUGCAUCUUUGGGGAACUGCUCACAAUGAAGCCCCUGUUCCCGGGGAAGUCAGAUAUCGACCAGUUGAACCGUAUAUUCAAGGACUUGGGCACGCCAAGCGAAAAGAUCUGGCCGGGCUACACGGAGCUUCCGCUGGUGAAGAAGGUGACCUUUACGGAGUACCCCUACAACAACCUAAGGAGCAGGUUUGGCCACACCCUCUCCAACCUCGGCUUCGACCUGCUCAACAAGUUCCUGACGUACUACCCGAGCCGCCGCAGCAGCGCGGAAGAGGCCCUGCGGCACGAGUUCUUCCAGGAGACCCCCGUUCCCGUGGACCCCUCCAUGUUCCCCACCUGGCCUGCCAAGAGCGAGCUGGGCCACCGCAAGGCCCCGAGCCCCAAGCCGCCCUCGGGGGGAAAGCAGUUCGCCAAGCAGCUGGGUGACGGAGAGGAAGAGGGACUCCUUGCUGCUGCUGGAUUCCACAUGAAUAUUCCCAAUAAGGGCAGCUCUGCCAAGGGAACAGGAUUCAGCCUCAAGUUUUAGCCCACAUCUCGCAUCUGCCAUCCUCAUUCUGUACAUACACGUGGGACUGCCAUCCGAAAGAAGACGUAAAUGCAAUUGAAAGUGCCGUCUAAAUAAAAAGAAAGCAGUUGAUAAAA